AUUCGGUGGGCUCUUAGGAUAGUUUCUGCUUUCUAGUGUUCCUGUCUUUGGGUCCUCACCUCUGCAUGGUUACUAACGGGUUAUCCGAGCCUAAGCCUCUCACGAAGCGGAAAGUCAAGUUAACAGACUGCCAUAGGCCUGCCAAGUCAGAAUAGGGCUUCCGAAGCAGAAUGUUUGAGCCAAUAGGAAUUGUUUGGAAAACGGGGAUAAAUCUAAAGGAUGGGUAGGAUUUAAGUGGUAAGGGAGGAUAAAGAGGCUAUAACUGUUCUGACAUAGGUGUGGAAGCAAGAAGAAAGCUGUACCUAGAAAAAGAGCGACGUUUGUUUGGCUGAGAAAUAAUCUGUUUAAAGGAUAACGAGAAAGAUGCGUGGAAAAUGGGUUGUCUUCUGGCCUCGGAGUAUCCCUUAUCAGAACCUUGGGCCCCUGGGCCCCUUCACUCAGUACUUGGUGGACCACCAUCACACCCUCCUGUGCAAUGGGUAUUGGCUUGCCUGGCUGAUUCAUGUGGGAGAGUCCUUGUAUGCCAUAGUAUUGUGCAACCUGGCUAGCGGUCUGUCAACAAAAGCCAAAAUUGACAAAUGGGAUCUAAUUAAACUAAAGAGCUUCUGCGCAGCAAAAGAAACUAUCAUCAGAGUGAACAGGCAACCUACAGAAUGGGAGAAAAUUUUUGCAAUCUAUCCAUUGGACAAAGGGCUAAUAUCCAGAAUCUACAAAGAAAUUAAACAAAUUUGCAAGAAAAAAAAACUCCAUCAAAAAGUGGGCGAAGGAUAUGAACAGACACAUCUCAAAAGAAGACAUUUAUGCAGCCAACAGACAUAUGAAAAAAUGCUCAUCAUCACUGGUCAUUAGAGAAAUGCAAAUCAAAACCACAAGGAGAUACCAUCUCACGCCGGUUAGAAUGGCGAUCAUUAAAAAGUGAGGAAACAACAGAUGCUGGAGAGGAUGUGGAGAAAUAGGAACACUUUUACACUGUUGGUGGGAGUGUAAACUAGUUCAACCAUUGUGGAAGACAGUGUGGCGAUUCCUGAAGGAUCUAGAACUAGAAGUACCAUUUGACCCAGCAAUCCCAUUACUGGGCAUAUACUCAAAGGAUUAGAAAUCAUUCUACUAUAAAGACACAUACACAUGUAUGUUUACUGCAGCACUAUUCACAAUAGCAAAGACUUGGAACCAAACCAAAUGUCCAUCAAUAAUAGACUGGAUAAAGAAAAUAUGGCACAUAUGCACCAUGGAAUACUAUGCAGCCAUAAAGAAGGACGAGUUCAUAUCCUUUGCAAGGACAUGGAUGAAGCUGGAAACCAUCAUUCUCAGCAAACUAUCACAAGAACAGAAAACCAAACACCACGUGUUCUUACUUAUAAGUGGGAGCUGAACAAUGAGAACACAUGGACAUAGGGAGGGGAACAUCACACACCAGGGCCUGUCGGGGGGUGGGGGGCUAAGGGAGGGAUAACAUUAGGAGAAAUACCUAAUGUAGGUGACGGGUUGAUGGGUGCAGCAAACCACCAUGGCACACGUAUACCUAUGUAACAAAACUGCACAUUCUGCACAUGUAUCCCAGAACUUAGAGUAUAAUAAUAAUAAAAGAAUUGAAAUGCCACUCAAAACCUGUGAGAACUUAUAGACAAAUUCAAUAAAGUUGCAAGAUACAAAGUCAAAAUACAAAAAUCAGUAGCAUUUUCAUACACCAACAACAAGUUAUCCACAAACAGAAGGAAAGAAAGCAAUCCCAUUUACAGUGGUUAAAAAGAAGUUAAAUACCUAGGAGUACAUGCAACCAAGGAAGUGAAAGUUCUCUACACUGAAAACUACAAAACAUUGGCGAAAGGAACUGAAGACGCAAAUAAAUGGAAAGACAUGCCAUGUUCAUGUAUUGAAAGAUUUAGUAUUGUUUAAAUAUCCAUACCACCCAAAGCAAUCUACAGAUUCAAUGCCAUCCCCAUCAUAAUUCGAACAAUACUUUUUCUCAGAAAUUUUUUUAAAAAGUCCUAAAAUUUGUAUGGCACUUUGGGAGGCUGAGGCAGGUGGAUCACUUGAGGUCAGGAGUUCGAAACCAACCUGACCAAUAUGGUGAAACCCCAUCUCUACUAAAAAUACAAAAAUUAGCCAGGUAUGCUAGCCCCCGCUUGUAAUCCUAGCUACUCGGGAGGCUAAGGCAGGAGAAUCGCUUGAACCCAAGAGGUGGAGGAAGAGAAAGAAAGAAAAAGAGAGAAGAAAGGAAAGAUAGAAGAAAGAAAAAGAGAGAAAGAAAGAAAGAAAGAAAGAAAGAAAGAAAGAAAGAAAGAAAGAAAGAAAAGAAAGAAAGGAUGGAAGGAAGGAAGGAAGGAAGGAAGGAAGGAAGGAAGGAAGAGAAGAAAAGAAAGGAGGGAGGGAGGAAGGGAAACUUUGUAAACUGUAACAUGUAAAGCACGAGUAGUUUUCCUGGAAAGUGUGGGAUUGCCCACGAUGCAGCCUGUGCUCCUCAAACUUGACCACACGGGUGGAUCACACGGGAUCUUGUGAAAAGGGGAGUUCUGAUUAAGUGUGGAGCCAGUAGGAGAUUCUGCAUGAUAGCAGGAUCCCUGGUGAUGUUAAUGCUGCUGACCUGUAGACCACUUUGAGUAGCAAAAUAGAGAAAAUUUAAAACUACAAAUCACAUGGUUCAGCCUUGAUUUCUGAGUCUUAGGGUUGAUUUCUGUAUGUACCAACACUGUCAAUAAGAAAAACUGCUAUGCACUGUUCCUGGGAGGUUAGUAGUUAAUGCAAACAGUAUUUGGAGUCAUAACACAAUCUGGCAAAGAGCGUUGUUCCAGGGCUGAAAAUGCUGAUGGAAUUAGCCGACUCACCUAUCUGCAUAUUCCUCCCUCCUGGAGAAGAAAAAUUAGGGAUUGGGUCUUUUGAAAGUAAAAAGAACUUAAUACGUUUCAAAUAUUUAUUUUGUUCUAGACACGGAUAUAAAAUAUCCAAAAUCCACAACUGCUUUGAGGUAACCAUUAUCCCCACUUCAUAGCUGAAGAUACUACAAAAUACUAUAGAUGAAGAUACUGGCCGGGCGCCGUGACUCACACCUAUAAUCUCAGCGCUUCAGGAAGGUGAGGCAGGAGGAUCGCUUGAGCCCAGGAGUUCAAGAAAAGCCUGAGGCAACAUGGCCAGACCCAGUCUCCACAAAAAAUUAGCCAGACGUGGCGGCGCAUGCCUGUGGUGCCCGCUGCUUGGGAGGCUGCAGUGGGGGGAUCACCUAAGCCCAGGGAGGUCGAGGCUUAAGUGAGCCGUGAUCAUGCCACUGCUCUCCAGCCUGGGCCACAGAGUGAGAUCCUGUCUCAAAAAAGAGGAAAAGAAAAAGACAGUAACACCCCACCUCAUUCAUUCAUUCUA